CAUAUAUGAAAUAUAACUCUCAUUAAUAAGGAAUAGGGUGUGGGUGUCCUGAAAGUGGAAAGGAACACCCUCACCAUUCCACACUCUCCAGCUAAGCAAAAUAGAAAGUUUUCAUUUUUAGAAAUACGGACAGAAAUAUGAUUGAACAGAUAAAUUGAUUUUCAUAUUAUUUUUCCUUGUAAAUAUUGAACUUUCAACAUGGAACUUAAGAUAUGGAUAUAUUUACACAAUAAAAAAGCAUCGAUCAACAAUGCAGUAUAUGCUUAGAAUUUCUAUUGACACGCCGAUCAAAAGGAGAAAGUAAAUUCCCACGAUAAUAGCAAUCAGAAGUCUAUGGUUCACUUUAUGAGUACACUCUAAGAUGAAGAAAACAACGAAACUUUGCUCUAUAUCUAAAAAGAGAGGGUCAAUUACGUUGGUGAAUAACAUUUCAACAAAAAUCUUAUGCCUGCAGACAAAAAGAAGGAAUAUCUCUAUUGUUAGAGUUAGAUUGGAUAGCCUAUAUGCCAAGUGCUUACGUAUCUGGAUUUAUUCAAUAUAAUAACAAAAAGAAUUCUAUUAAUACUACUGCUUAUCAUGAUCAUAAUUAUGGAGCUUGACCUAGAAAUCUUUUUAAUUGGGUUUGGGCACAGUUUCAUCAUGUUGAUAAGGAAUUUUCAUUGGUUUUAGGUAGCUAUCAUAUACCUACAAUCGAAGAUGAUUACAUUUGAUAUAUAUUUAUUGGUUGGAAAGGUCAACGAAUUGAAACUGGAACUCUAUGUGGAGAUCGAUAUCAUUUGAAACUACUAGAAUGGCAAAUUGUCGAUAGUAAAAUAUAUUCUAUUCAUACUAAAGUUGAAGCAUGGAAUCAACAAUAUAAAAUUGAUAUUGAAUACAAAGCACUAGUAAACAAUGAUAAUUCAGGUGGUCGUGGUUUAGUUUUAAAAGUUUUUGAACCAAUUUCUCACUGCGACGCUGUUUUAUACGGUAAACGGGAAGAAAAUUGGCUCAUUCUAGAACAAGACUUAACCGAGCAUGGUUUUAGUAAAUGA